AUGGCCGGACGGUACAUUCCCCCUCACAUGCGUGGGUCAACCGGCUCUUCCUCAGCCGAAAAGCCCAUGGUGAAGGCCGAGCGUAAGCCUGAAGAUGGCUAUACCCUCGAGGAAAUAGCCAACCAAUUCUCCUUCGAUCACAAAAAGAAGCUGGGGACUCUGAACCGCGCUUCAAUAUCUGUCGAAGAAGAGGAGACACCUAAUCUUGGCUUAGUCAUUGUGUUCAAGGACCAGCACCCAGAAUGGCCGCCUAAGAUCUUCUGCAAGACGUAUCUGUUCUUGUUGCCGAAGACGGAGACCCUUCCAAGUACUCCAAUCACGGUCUUCACCGAAAUCUCCAACCUCCGCACCUCGGAGAACCAAUAUCAUCAUGAGCAGAGAUUCCUCUACGCAGGCGCGCAUACCAUUACGCGUAUCCAAUACCUCAUGCCUCGCAGUCCUCUACUGGUCAAGAUGCUGGAGAGCAAGUUUACGGGGCCCAAGAACGAGAGGUCCGAGGAAGCGUGGAACAAGAGCUUGAACAUGAAGUGGGCGGUUGUAGAUCUGAGCAAAGUGGAGGAAGAAGAGCAGGGGAUCAGUCCUAUGGAGCCGUUGAAAGAGAUCAAGAAGAAGAGUGUUAGUGAGAUGUUGGAAGAGAUGCGAUUAAGGGAGAGUAGUGGGGGAAAGGAGAAUGGAAAACCAGGAGGUGGAGAUGAUAGGGAGGAGGCCCUGCACGGGGAUGAGGAUCGAUGA